CCUCGGCCGCGUAAUCCCACCCAUUCUGCGUGCCAAGCCAGGGUUUCUCCUUCCCCCGCCCCCCACAGAUCCCUACACAAAGGCACGCGCUAGAGGAGCUGCACGAUCCGAUGGCGCCGCUCUCAUGGCGGCACCACACGCUGCUGCAGGCGCUCCUCUCCCGUGGACCGCUCUCGGAGCGAGACUUCCACGCCCUCUUCACCGCCAUCUCCGGCGGCAAGAACCCCGCCACUCACCAGCAACUAUUCAGUGAUACACUUAUGAAGAUCAACAAUGAGUUAAGGUACUUGCAAUUUGAUCUGCGAGCAUGUAUAAACCAGUAUGAUGGAACAGUUUAUUAUGGAGUGGUCAACAACAUUUCUGAUGAAGAAUCAAAGCUUGGCUCCAAGUAUUCCGUUCCACAGAUUGCAUUCUACAAGGGACUGUUAGAAGCAAUAGUUCAUGAAGCUGGAAACGAUGGGAGCAUAACUAGUAUUGAUGCUCUCAACGUCCGGAUCGACAACCAGGUCGUAAUUGCGGACAGUACACAAGACACUCAAUCUCGUCUUCCUUCUUCUAUCACAAACUUCUCGUUCUCUCAAAAGGAAAAUACUCUUAAUGACCUGAUACAAGACCGUUGGCUGGCUUACACCUCGGAGGGCAAGAUUGGUCUUGGUAUCAGAUCAUUUCUUGAUCUCCGGAGCUGGUUUCGCAGUAAUGACAUCCCAUCAUGCGAGGUUUGCAAUGAAGCUGGUAUAAAGGCAUCAACUUGUUCUAAGGAGGGAUGCAAUGUGAGAAUCCAUAUCUACUGUCUGAAGAAGAAAUUUCCGCAGCGGAAGGCCUCAAGAGCUUGUCCCCAGUGUGCCACUGAGUGGCCCCAGCAGGAAGGCGAGGAUGAGGACGACGAGGAAGCGAACGAGCCCGGCGGGGAAGGUCCAUCUGCCCCACCGGCUGACCCUCCUUCGAGGAGGAAACGCAGAAUCAAGGCUGAAGUGGCGGAAGAAGCUGCAGAAGCAGGCCCAUCGACCGCGGUGACCAGGAGAAGUUCGAGGAUGGCCAAAGCGCAGGAGGCACCAUCUGCAGAUGCUUCACAGCCGGCCAGGUCCUCAAAGAGAAGGAAGAAGUGAUGGAUCUAGCAAGAUUGGCAAUGCAAUGCCGCUUUUGUCGUGUACAUAGCGUAGCUGGUAUCACUAUGCUGGUGGUUUCUGCCUUUCCUGGAGUUACUUGCUUGACCUGCUCCUCUGUUUGCCCGUUUGCCGCCUAGCUUUAGCCAGCUGGGAAGACAAGGAUAAGGACGGCCCGUGUUAUUUUAGUUUAAGUAUAAUUAUUAUGCCAUUACGCCA